AUGUCGACUGCAGCUCCAUAUACACGCCCUCAUCCGUACUCAAUCUUUACCCACUCGGUCGGCGCCAACCUUGCCGGUCACUCACUUCUCUCCAAACUCCGUGCCAUUGCCCAGGCUGGAUUUGACGGCAUCGAGCUCUUUCAGGAUGACCUCGAUGCGUUUGCUGUCUCGCACGAGUUUCGCUCGAUCCAGGAGCGUGGCGACGCGCUCAUCUCGACUCCACCUAUGCAAUCUUUGCCUUAUCUCUCGGCGCUCAGCCCACCUGAUUCGCCCAUGAACCUCGACCGACGCUAUUCUGGCUCAUCUACCACUAGCAACUCGUCUUCCAUAAGCACUAGCGCCACAUCGUACACGUCUGCCAAACCCGACAUCGACAACAAGCACUUUGCUGUCGCCGGUCUCGACGACGACCUGCUGGUUCGCAAUGACAAGGGCGAACUUGUUGUUGGCCUUGACGGCCUGCCCAUGACAUACAAUGCCUGGGGCCCAUGCACUGCUACUGCGUACAGGCAGGAGCUGGCAGCUGCUUCAUACAUCGCUUCGUUUUGCGACUCGCUCGGCCUGCGCAUCUACAGUCUGCAACCCCUCAGGGAUUUUGAAGGCUGGGCUCAACCUCAGGAUCAGCUCCUUGCGCUUCGUCGUGCGCGUUCGCGCUUCGAGGUGAUGCGUCGUCUCGGUGCGGAUCUGCUUCUCAUUUGCUCCAACAACCAGCAUGCCCCUGCAACCGUAGGGGAUGUCAAGAGAAUCGGCAGCGAUCUCGCCCAGCUCGGUCAUUUUGCCGAGCACUUUGGCCCGGUCUAUGCUUCGUAUCGCUCCACCACGGACGGCUCCAUUCAGCGUCAGGAUAGUCCCAUCAGGAUCGGUUACGAAGCGCUUUCGUGGGGUGCACACGUCGAUGUCUGGGCGCGUGCCUGGCAGGCGGUCCAGCAUGCGGACCGUGACAAUGUUGGACUCAUCCUUGAUUCGUUCAACACCCUAGCCAGGGAGUAUGCCGAUCCCUGCACCAAGACCGGUAUCACGGAUCAAUACGAUGAUCCAUAUGCCGUAGUCAUGGAGUCGGUGAACAAGCUGCGCACAGUGCCGGCGGACAAGAUUUUUUUCCUCCAGAUCGGCGACGCACGCAGGAUGCCAGAGCCUUUGAAGCCUUCGCCGAGCGCCGACGAGCCUAGACCGGCCAGGAUGAUCUGGUCCAGAGGCAACAGGCUGUUCCCGUGUGAGUAUGACCAAGGUGCUUUUCUGCCAACGAGGGAGUUCAUCCAAGCUGCUGUCAAGCAGGCCGGCUACAAAGGCCCGUGGAGCAUCGAGGUUUUCAACAGCAGCUUGACGGACGAAGCCGAGCGAGUGCCAGUCGAGCAUGCAAUGCGUGCAAGGGCUGGACUCGACCGUCUUUUUGAAGAAGUGUAUGCUUGA